GAAUGGAGAACGCGCACGCCAAGACGGUGGAGGAGUGCCUGGCGUAUUUCGGGGUGACCGAGAACGUGGGGCUGUCCCCCGAGCAGGUCAAGAGGAGCCUGGAGAAGUACGGGCACAAUGAGCUCCCGGCUGAGGAGGGGAAGACGAUUUGGGAGCUGGUGGUGGAGCAGUUCGAGGACCUGCUGGUGCGGAUCCUGCUCCUGGCCGCCUGCAUCUCCUUCGUGCUGGCCUGGUUCGAGGAGGGCGAGGAGACCAUCACGGCCUUCGUGGAGCCCUUCGUCAUCCUCCUCAUCCUCGUGGACGCCGUGGUGGGCGUGUGGCAGGAGCGGAACGCGGAGAACGCCAUCGAGGCGCUGAAGGAGUACGAGCCCGAGAUGGGCAAGGUCUACCGCGCCGACCGCAAGGCCGUGCAGAGGAUCAAGGCGCGGGACCUGGUGCCCGGGGACAUCGCCGAGGUGGCCGUGGGUGACAAGGUCCCGGCCGACAUCCGCAUCAUCUCCAUCAAAUCCACGACCCUGCGGGUGGACCAGUCCAUUCUCACCGGGGAGUCGGUGUCGGUGAUCAAGCACACGGAGCCGGUUCCCGACCCCCGCGCCGUCAACCAGGACAAGAAGAACAUGCUGUUCUCGGGCACCAACAUCGGCGCGGGCAAGGCCGUGGGCAUCGUGGUGGCCACGGGGGUGAACACGGAGAUCGGGAAGAUCCGGGACGAGAUGGCGGCCACGGAGCAGGACAAGACGCCGCUGCAGCAGAAGCUGGACGAGUUCGGCGAGCAGCUCUCCAAGGUCAUCUCGCUCAUCUGCGUGGCCGUGUGGCUCAUCAACAUCGGCCACUUCAACGACCCGGUGCACGGCGGCUCCUGGAUCCGCGGCGCCAUCUACUACUUCAAGAUCGCCGUGGCGCUCGCCGUGGCCGCCAUCCCCGAAGGGCUGCCGGCGGUGAUCACGACGUGCCUGGCGCUGGGCACGCGGCGCAUGGCCAAGAAGAACGCGAUCGUGCGCAGCCUGCCGUCGGUGGAGACGCUGGGCUGCACCUCCGUCAUCUGCUCCGACAAGACCGGCACGCUCACCACCAACCAGAUGUCCGUCUGCAAGAUGUUCAUCGUGGACAAGGUGGAAGGCGACGUCUGCGCCCUCAACGAGUUCUCCAUCACCGGCUCCACCUACGCGCCCGAGGGCGACGUGCUGAAGCAGGAGAAGCACGUGAAGGCCGGGCAGUUCGACGGGCUGGUGGAACUGGCCACCAUCUGCGCCCUGUGCAACGACUCGUCCCUCGACUACAACGAGGCCAAGGGCGUGUACGAGAAGGUGGGGGAGGCGACGGAGACGGCGCUGACGUGUCUGGUGGAGAAGAUGAACGUGUUCAACACCGACGUGCGCGGGCUCUCCAAGGUGGAGCGCGCCAACGCCUGCAACUCCGUGAUCAAGCAGCUGAUGAAGAAGGAGUUCACGCUGGAGUUCUCCCGUGACCGCAAGUCCAUGUCUGUGUUCUGCUCCCCGGCCAAGGCCUCGCGCGCCGCCGUGGGCAACAAGAUGUUCGUCAAGGGAGCCCCCGAGGGCGUCAUCGACCGGUGCAACUACGUGCGCGUGGGCACGGCGCGCGUGGCGCUGACGCCGGCGGCCAAGGAGAAGAUCCUGGGCGUGAUCAAGGAGUGGGGCACGGGCCGCGACACGCUGCGCUGCCUGGCGCUGGCCACGCGCGACUCGCCGCCGCGCCGCGAGGACAUGCUGCUCGAGGACUCCACGCGCUUCGCCGAGUACGAGACCGACCUGACGUUCGUGGGCUGCGUGGGGAUGCUGGACCCCCCCCGCAAGGAGGUGAUGGGCUCCAUCCGGCUGUGCCGCGACGCCGGCAUCCGCGUCAUCAUGAUCACGGGCGACAACAAGGGCACGGCCAUCGCCAUCUGCCGCCGCAUCGGCAUCUUCGGCUGAGGACGAGGACGUGGCCGGAAGGCGUACACGGGCCGCGAGUUCGACGACCUGCCGCCGGCCGAGCAGCGCGAGGCGUGCCGCCGGUCGUGCUGCUUCGCGCGCGUCGAGCCCGCCCACAAGUCCAAGAUCGUCGAGUUCCUGCAGUCCUUCGACGAGAUCACCGCCAUGACGGGUGACGGCGUGAACGACGCGCCGGCGCUGAAGAAGGCGGAGAUCGGCAUCGCCAUGGGCUCCGGCACCGCCGUGGCCAAGACGGCGUCCGAGAUGGUGCUGGCGGACGACAACUUCUCCACCAUCGUGGCGGCCGUGGAGGAGGGGCGCGCCAUCUACAACAACAUGAAGCAGUUCAUCCGCUACCUCAUCUCCUCCAACGUGGGGGAGGUGGUCUGCAUCUUCCUGACGGCGGCGCUGGGGCUGCCCGAGGCGCUGAUCCCGGUGCAGCUGCUCUGGGUGAACCUGGUGACCGACGGGCUCCCGGCCACGGCGCUCGGCUUCAACCCGCCCGACCUGGACAUCAUGGACAAGCCGCCGCGCAGCCCCAAGGAGCCGCUCAUCAGCGGCUGGCUCUUCUUCCGCUACCUCGCCAUCGGCGGGUACGUGGGGGCGGCCACGGUGGGGGCGGCCGCCUGGUGGUUCCUGUACGCCGAGGACGGGCCCAGCGUCACCUACCACCAGCUGACGCACUUCAUGCAGUGCACGGAGCACAACGUGGAGUUCGAGGGGCUGGACUGCGACAUCUUCGAGUCGCCGGUGCCCAUGACCAUGGCGCUGUCCGUGCUCGUCACCAUCGAGAUGUGCAACGCGCUCAACAGGUACGGCCGCCCCGCCGACCCCCUUCCUUGGCCCAUUGACCCCAUUGGUUGACCCAUUGACCCAUUG